AUGUCUGAACAACCUUACGACCCCUAUAUUCCUUCUGGCUCUACUGCCACCGCCCCCGCUGGGGCCAGUGCUGCGCAGAAUGGCGAUCCCAGGACAAGGGAAAUCGACAAGAAAAUCCAGGAGACUGUGGAUACGAUGCGGUCGAAUAUCUUCAAGGUUUCCGAGCGUGGUGAACGUCUAGACUCUCUACAAGAUAAGACCGAUAACCUGGCCGUGUCGGCUCAGGGUUUCCGCAGAGGUGCGAACCGCGUGCGGAAGCAAAUGUGGUGGAAAGACAUGAAGAUGCGCGUAUGCUUGGUGAUUUGUGUCAUCCUCUUGCUUGUGGUUAUUAUUGUGCCUGCCGUUGUCGCUACCAAGCAUUAA